GGAGCCCAGUACUCAAAGGCUGUUUGAAAGAGUUGCAGAGAAACUGGGCUGGGACAAACCUGGUGCUCUGGACCGAGCAGCAGACGAGAAUUUUUUUUUGGGCUUUUUUCACCUUUAUUGGAUAGGAGAGUGCAGAGACAGGAAAUGAGCUGGAGAGAGAGACGGGGAGGGAUCGGGAAAUGACCUCAGGUCGGAAUCGAACUCGGGUUCCCAGAUUCAUGUGAACUUGAAGUUUCACACUGGAGCACAUCUCCCUACCCUUGACUAUUCAUAUAACAGUAUGCAUCGUUUUAUUCCUGAUAUAAAACAUAUUCUAUCAGUUACAGUAGCCUCAACUCUGUAAUACAAAUCCAAGUGGAUUUUAGCUAGUACUGCAUCAUAUCAUGCUUUUUCAACACCUUCAACACCUCACUGGAUCAAGCCAAAGUCCCAUCAUGUUUCAAGACUCCCACCAUCAUCCCAGUGCCAAUAAAACCUCAAAUCACAUCACUUAAUGACUACCGGCCCGUCGCACUCACUCCCAUUAUGAUGAAGUGCUUUGAGAGGCUGGUAAAGGAGUUAUAUCACCUCCAGACUCCCUCCCACAUUCAACCCCUUCCAGUUUGCCUACCGGCCAAACCGCUCCACUGAAGACACCAUCUCCUCCGCUCUUCACCUGAGCCUUGCACACCUGGAGGAGAAGAACACUUGUGCGGAUGCUGUUCCUGGACUUCAGUUCAGCAUUGAAUACUAUAAUUCCACAGCAUCUGGUGAACAAACUGGGUCCCCUGGGCUUCAGCACCCCCCUGUGCAACUGGCUGCUAGACUUCCUCACUGAAAGACCACAGUCAGUACGGGUCAGACAGAACACUUCCAGUGUCAUCACUCUCAGCACAGGCUCCCCUCAGGGCUGUGUCCUGAGCCCUCUGCUGUUCAUGGUGAUGACACAUGACUGUGUCCCCAGGGCUACCAGCAACCACAUUGUGAAGUUUGCGGACGACACAACAGUGAUGGGCCUCAUUAGGGACUAUAACGACCUGGCCUAUAGAGAGGAGGUGGAGCAGCUGGUGGGCUGGUGCAGGGAAAACAACCUGAUCCUGAAUGUGGACAAAACCAAAGAGAUCAUUGUUGACUUCAGGAAAAACCAGCCCAGCCACGCUCCACUUCUCAUCAACAAUAUGGCCGUGGAGGUGGUCAAUAGAGAUCUUGCAGUCAUGUGACUGGAAAGUACACAGCCGCCAUCUUGUCGGUCAACAGCACAGCUGAAUAUUACUGCACUCGUGUACAGAAUGGAUCAAUUUCAACCGACGGACUACACGGCUCAUUUUUCUAAUGAACAGAUAACUAGAUAUAUGUCUAAAAUAAACGGUCUACAGAUUAGUGACCCUUAUGGCUUACCGGACGGAGUUUUCACGACCGUGUCAGUGGAUAUGGAACUGCCAGAGGUGGAAUACCCGGACGUGUAUAAUUACCUCAUCAACUUUCCCUCGCUGUUCAGUGGUGAAGCACUGCGUUCUUAUAAAUCUCUGGACAGUUAUCUUUACAGGAAUUCAGGAUUUGUCAGCGACUCAGAUGUGGCAUCUUGUAAACAAGAAAAUGAUCCUCACUGGAUGGUUGAGAAAAAGUUUGAAAAGCAGACGUGAUGCUGUUGGCAGCUGUGAUACCAAGGCUGCUGAGAGGAAAGAGUCUUUGUUUCUGUCAGACAGUGACGGCUCCGACAAGGAGAAUCGGCACAGAAAGAAAAACGUUCCCUCAAGUGAAGCGCUGCUGGACUCCAGUGAUGAAGACUUUAAUCAAAUUCUUGCAACAAAGGCUACACCCAAACCUGCUCCUAGGCAAAUCUCAUCUGUCAAGAAAACAAGGGAACCAGUUCCGAUUUUGUCAUCAGAUAGUGAUGAUGGCUUUGAAAACUUUUUGAGACGGGUGAAAACCCCGAAGGCUCAACCGAGGUCUCAGUCUGUGAUUGAUGGUGAUGACAGCCUUAAAAAUUUCAUAGUGGACGACUUGUCUUCUGAUGAUGAUGAUGAUUUUGUUGUGGAGAAGAAGCCGUCCAUUUCGAAAGCCAAAUUGAGGACUCCCAAGUCUAACCUGAAGUCAGAGAGGCAGCGUCUCUCUCAGUUCGACUCCCCAGUGUUCCUCAGUGACUCGGAUGACGACAGCGACGUAUUCAUCAAGACUCAGCACCGUCGCCUAUCCUCGCAGGAAAAGGAUGCUCUGGCUAAAGAAAAUAAACCCAGAAAUGCCCUGUGCUGUCCCUCUCUUCUUGCUUCUGUUCACAUGCCCACGCCCUCUUCAGCUCCGCCUACACACAGCGGAUGGCACGAGGACACGGGCAGCUCUGAGGAUGAGUUCCAGUCCUUACUGGACCGCAUCAAGAAAAAACAAAAUUUGGGAAACAGUAGCGCACACGCUUCUCCUAAACCUCCAGAGCCCAAAGCUGCAGCAGCCUGUGUGACUCCAUCUGUGAAAACAACACAAAAGGACCGUGAUAGAGUGACAGUAAAAGCGUCCCGGGUGCCCAGAACUCCAGUGCAGCUCCCUAUCAGCAGACCUGUGAGUCAGACGGAGCCCAGAGCAGGUCACAGCAGCAGAGUGGCUGUGUGUAAAACACCAGGCUGUUUCCUGCAGUCUCUGUCUUUUCCCGAGUCUGUGUACUGCCGCAACUUCAAGCAGAACAAGGAGGAGCUUACCAGCAAACUCUACCAGCUCUAUAACACUACUGUGUUUGAGAGCAAGCUGCCCACUGACAUGUCAAUCAAAUGGAAUACAAAGAUGAGGAAGACAGCAGGAUAUUGCAUCACUGGGCAGGAAAGGGUCAAUGGUGUACGAUACGCCCGUAUUGAAUUGUCAGUCAAAGUGUGUGACUCUGCAGAUCGGUUAAGGGACACACUUAUUCAUGAAAUGUGCCAUGCAGCAACAUGGCUGAUGAACAACGUGCGGGACGGCCAUGGACCUUUCUGGAAGGUCUAUGCACGCAAAGCCACCCUGGUUCAUCCUGAGCUGCCCAUGGUGACCCGCUGCCACAGCUACGACAUCAAUUAUAAAUACCAGUACCAGUGCAACCGCUGCAAAAACACGAUUGGCCGUCACUCAAAGUCUCUGGACACGGAGAGGUUUGUGUGUGCACUGUGCACAGGGCAGCUUGUCCUGCUCACUCCAUCUAAUUCACGUGGCCCCACACCUUUCGCCACAUUUGUGAAGGAAAAUUAUGGUACGGUACGCCAGGAGCUGGCUGGCCAGAGUCACGCUGAGGUGAUGAGAAAGCUCAGUGCAGACUUUGCUAGCAAGACACACCUCAGCCAGAGCUGAACUGUGUGCUGUUGAUUGAACUGGACAACAAGAGUGCUGCUCCAGGCUCUGGUUUUCCUCCACUAUUCAGUAUGCAGGUGAUAGAAAUGACCCCAAAUCAGCAUCUUUACUGUUCUUUUAUACCCCAGCUGAAACUGUUUGGGCAUUAUGUUUCAAAUUCUUCUGCUUUCAAAGACAAAGUGAAUUAGCAUGGUGAAGUUAUACAAGGAAAUGCUUUUGAAAACUGUGAAGCAUGCCUCUGGUUUACACAUUUCAGCGUGUUUUAUUCAUCUCAAGGUAUAUUGUCUGUCUGAAUGUGUCCCCUUGCUGUGAAAUAUUUGAUAAAUUUUACGAGUUCUGUAUUUUUUUUUCGGUCCUUGAAUCUUUAGGUUUUUUGUAUGUUUGAAUAAAAUAUUUUUCAUACCUCUGAAAUAAAUGCUCAUAUGCUAAUUUUGCAAAGUAAAAUAAUGGCU